GCCAGCCAGCCAGCCAGCCAGCAUCUGAACUGGAAGCAACGGUGGACGAAGGGGUCGGCUGUGUUGGGGUAUAAUUUCAAUAAUUCACAAGCGUAGACGAUGUAUGCAACGGAGCGGUCGUCGACAUGAACGUGAAGGUGUUCCGUUUGGGCUCGGGAAGCUGAAGCAUACCGCAGCCCGAUCACAUUACAUUACGUUUUUUUCGGUGGGAUAAGCUAUCUGUGAUACACUGGGUGUGCACAGCGCCAAUAACGGAGCGAGCCAACGGGUUAUACCAUCGACAGCUAGCUCGUAAUAACCCCGUUAGCCAACCAUUUUCCAGAGCUUGCGGUGAAGGGAGCAUCUCGGUCGGUGCAGUGAAGUGUCCGCGGAUGCUGCUGAGGGAGCCCGCUACUACCUGGCGAUAUUCGGCUGUAACAUGCAGACCUGAGGCAUGCGAGGAGGGGUUUUUUUCUGCAAACGAGCGAGGAAAUCUCCACGCCCUGGGGUCUGGUCUUUGGUUACUAUUUAGCUAGCUCGCUGGCUAGCCGGGAGAGCAGGAGAGCAGCUCGGGAGAAGGUGGGGCCGCGGAGUGACAGCCUCAGCUAAUGUGGCUAGCCGGCUAACUUGGACUCUUUGAGUGGCCGCUGGUAUUCCUGCUUUUAAUUACCAAGAGCCGUGCACAGUAGUAUCUCCCUUUCAUCCUCCAAAAACCCGUGGUGUGGGAGGAAUAUCUUGUCUAGAGCAUCCUCGUUUACCUGUACACUAUGGCGGACGACGACGUGCUGUUUGAGGAUGUCUACGAGCUGUGCGAGGUGAUUGGAAAGGGUCCCUUCAGCGUGGUGAGACGAUGCAUCAACAGGGACACGGGCCAGCAGUUUGCGGUGAAGAUCGUAGACGUGGCCAGCUUCACCUCCAGCCCCGGCCUCAGCACAGAAGAUCUGAAGCGAGAGGCCAGUAUCUGCCACAUGCUGAAACACCCCCACAUUGUGGAGCUGCUGGAGACCUACAGCUCUGAUGGCAUGCUCUACAUGGUCUUUGAAUUUAUGGAUGGAGCAGACCUGUGUUUUGAAAUUGUGAAGAGAGCUGACGCUGGGUUUGUGUACAGCGAAGCAGUGGCCAGUCACUACAUGAGGCAGAUUCUGGAGGCACUUCGGUACUGCCACGACAACAAUGUGAUUCACCGCGAUGUAAAGCCCCACUGUGUGUUGCUGGCCUCAAAGGAGAACUCUGCUCCAGUCAAGCUUGGAGGUUUUGGAGUCGCAAUACAGCUGGGAGAGUCUGGCCUUGUAGCUGGAGGUCGAGUCGGUACUCCACACUUCAUGGCCCCAGAAGUAGUCAAGAGGGAGCCGUAUGGCAAACCUGUGGACGUGUGGGGAUGUGGAGUCAUUCUCUUCAUCCUCCUUUCUGGCUGUCUGCCUUUCUAUGGUACCAAGGAGCGCUUGUUUGAGGCCAUCAUUAAGGGGAAAUACAAGAUGAACCCAAGGCAGUGGGCCCACAUCUCAGAGAGCGCCAAAGACCUGGUGAGACGUAUGCUGAUGCUGGACCCCGCUGAGAGAAUCACUGUUUACGAGGCCCUCAACCACCCCUGGCUGAAGGAGAGGGACAGGUACGCCUACAAGAUCCACCUGCCAGAAACGGUGGAACAGCUGAGGAAGUUCAAUUCCAGGAGGAAGCUGAAGGGUGCAGUGCUGGCUGCUGUUUCAAGCCACAAGUUCAAUUCCUACUAUGGCGACCCUCCUGAGGAGCUACAUGACUUUUCAGAUGACCCCACCUCCUCAGGGGCAGUAUCACAGGUUUUGGACAGUCUAGAGGAGAUUCAUGCGUUGACGGACUGCAGUGAGAAAGACAUGGAUUUCCUCCACAGUGUCUUCCAAGAUCAGCACCUUCACACUCUGUUAGAUCUUUAUGACAAAAUCAACACCAGGUCGUCUCCUCAGAUCAGAAAUCCUCCUAGUGAUGGAGUGCAGAGAGCCAAAGAGGUACUGGAAACCAUCUCUUGUUACCCAGAGAACAUGGAGGCCAAGGAGCUCAGGAGGAUCCUCACACAGCCACACUUCAUGGCUCUGCUGCAGACCCACGAUGUUGUGGCCCAUGAGGUAUACAGCGACGAGGCGCUGAGGGUGACGCCCCCGCCCACUUCUCCAUACCUGAACGGAGACUCCCCAGACAGCACCAACGGAGACAUGGACCUGGAGAACGUCACCAGGGUUCGCCUGGUCCAGUUCCAGAAGAACACUGACGAGCCCAUGGGCAUUACUCUGAAAAUGAAUGAGCUCAACCACUGUAUUGUGGCUCGAAUCAUGCAUGGUGGAAUGAUUCAUCGACAAGGGACUCUGCAUGUAGGAGAUGAGAUCAGAGAGAUUAAUGGCAUCAGUGUUGCCAAUCAGACAGUAGAGCAGCUCCAAAAGAUGCUGAGGGAGAUGAGGGGUAGCAUCACCUUCAAAAUUGUACCCUGUUACCGGUCCCAGUCCAUGUCUUGUGAGGUACAGAACCACAAACAAACACUUAUGUGCUACAUAUUGGGUACUCCGCAGAGGGGGGUAAUAUUUAUUCUGUACUUUGUAUUACAGAAAGAGUCACCGGAUUUGUCCCGACAGUCGCCUGCAAACGGUCAUGCCAGUGUUACCAGCUCCAUCCUGGACCUGCCAUCAACGAUUCAGCCCAAAGGCCGUCAGAUUUAUGUACGUGCUCAGUUUGAGUAUGACCCGGCGAAAGAUGACCUCAUCCCAUGUAAGGAGGCAGGCAUUCGCUUCAGGGUGGGUGACAUCAUCCAGAUCAUUUCCAAGGACGACCACAACUGGUGGCAGGGAAAGCUGGAGAAUACCAAGAAUGGCACAGCAGGCCUCAUCCCCUCACCUGAGCUACAGGAGUGGCGUGUGGCGUGUAUAGCGAUGGAGAAGACCAAACAGGAACAACAGGCCAGUUGUACCUGGUUUGGCAAAAAGAAGAAGCAGUACAAAGACAAGUACUUGGCCAAGCACAAUGCAGUGUUUGAUCAACUAGACCUGGUGACGUAUGAAGAAGUGGUCAGACUGCCGUCCUUCAAAAGGAAAACACUCGUUUUGCUGGGUGCACAUGGAGUUGGCAGGAGGCACAUCAAGAACACUCUCAUUACCAAACAUCCUGACCGCUUUGCCUACCCAAUCCCUCACACAACUCGGCCUCCUAAGAAGGAUGAGGAGAAUGGGAAAAACUACUACUUUGUGUCUCAUGACCAGAUGAUGCAGGACAUCAGCAACAAUGACUACCUGGAGUAUGGCAGCCAUGAAGAUGCCAUGUAUGGAACCAGGCUGGAGACUAUCAGGCAGAUCCAUGCCCAGGGCAUGAUCUCCAUUCUGGAUGUUGAGCCACAGGCACUAAAGAUCCUCAGGACAGCCGAGUUUGCUCCCUAUGUUGUCUUCAUCGCAGCUCCCACCAUCACCCCAGGCAUGACUGAGGAUGACUCUCUUCAGCGGCUCCAGAAGGAAUCAGAGAUGCUGCAGCAGACCUACGCUCACUACUUCGACCAGACCAUCAUCAACAAUGAAAUUGACGACACCCUCCACCUGCUGGAGGAGGCUGUAGACCUGGUGUCCACCACUUCUCAGUGGGUCCCUGUGUCCUGGGUCUACUGACACACAAUCAACGGCAUUUAGCUCAUCACCCUGGACCAUCCCUCUCUGAUCCAACACGGAUGCUAAACUUUGGUCAAAUCCCCUUUGAAUCAUGUCUCUCUCAUCAGAAUCACACAUCUGUAGAUAAACUGUUGCUGAAAAAGAGGGAAAUGAAGAAACUACUGACUCUGACACUUCACUACAGAGACUUCAUCCUGCCCCCGCCCCCUUUUUCUCAACAGCCUCAAAGGCAUAUUGUUGUGUACAUAUAUACAUAUAUAUAUAAAUGAUAAAAACUAAGUGAAUAUGGUUCUGUCCUUAUAUAGUUGCAGGGAGGGGAGUGGAGGGGCAGUGUGGUAGAUAUUUUGUACUUUUCUUUUGUAAUUGAUGGAUGGGUGGUAAUAUUGGAAAGGCAAUAGCGAGCAUGACCAUAAAGCAGUCUUAUGUGAGUGUGUGUUGACCUUUUAAGGUACUUCUUGUGGUACUCUGUGUCCUCUUCUCCGACGCCCUCUAAUCUCCUCGGCCCCUGUGACAAACAAGCCGAACUUUGAAGCACAUUAGAAGCUGCUAUAGUGGCGACAAGUAACUCCCUCAGCUCCAAAUGCAAGUUUGAGUGAAGCAAAAAGCACAGGAAACUUGGCAGUUUCUUUCUCCCCAACUCAUCCCCAGCCCUUUAUUUAUUUCACCGGCCCUCUGUGCCUGUCAGUUUGUUGAAGGAGCACACUGCAUCCCUCUCCGCUGUCGUCCCCCUGUGUUGCUGUAGCCUGUUGUACCCCCGCCUCCCUCCCCCAGCCUCUCUGAUGGUCUUUGUUUACAUCCCAGUUUGCACAAAACUGACAAUGAAGAAGACAUGUACUGCAUCUUGUCACUUCAGUUUUCAUUUUUGUCUUGCCUACUCUCUAGCUGUCUUUAUCCCUCUCCUCCUUACAUGAAAUGCUAAAUCAGUGGUCAGUGGACCUGGAGUAUCAUUCUCGGGGCAUGAUCUGCAAUGAAAAAAGCACCGACAUCCACCACUAAACACGGCUCCUGAACUGAAAGACAAAAAAAGAAAAAAAGAAACACUAAUGGAAAAGGAGAAAAAUAAACUGCCUUAUCAGAGCCUCGGGGAACAAGUCUGUAACACCUAUGCACACCCCUGGUUUCUCCCAGGCAGGCCGCCACGACAAGUUCUUCGUUCCUCACACUAAUAGUGAGCCAUGCUUGUUAAAAUGAAAGUGUUUAUAGGAAUGUCUGUGUGGGAGGGGAGGGUCUCAUGUAGGUGGGAUACAUUCAAUCCUAGAGCCAACGUUUGGAACUGUUAACUGUUGUCUUAAAAAAAUAUUAGGAGUUCUUGUUUUGAGGGAGAGAAAAUAACUAAAUUUUGUGUGUAAAUGUUUCAAUGGUGCGUACGUCAUACGAGUGAAUUACCAAGAGCCAGUGUAUAUUAACCCUUAAAAGAAGCUCAGUAUGUGACAUAACCUCUUCAUGCUUUACAGGAAGUGGCACAGCUCUGCCUCACCUACCGUACAGUAAACUCUGUAUGAAAGGCACAUCGGUGGAGGGGGUGAAAAAAUAAAGCUAAAAAAAAAAAAAGGUCAAUAUUCCACUCUGUGUGGUGGGGAUGCUGUUGUGCCACCUCGUGUGAAGUGGUUUCAUUUCAAGUCCUGUGUAAAUUACUUCUGCAAAUGACAAAAGCAGCUCUUCUGUAUGAAAUGUUGUUCUUUUUUGUUAUUUCAUUUAAAAAAAUAUAUAUUUCCUUUUACGUG